UAUAUAUAUUAAAAAAAUAAUAAUAACUAUAUGAUUUUUGUGCCAGGUCCAUCGCUUCUCUGUAUAUUUUUAAUUCAUUGUUUGUUUAUUUAUUUAUUUAUUUUUUUCACAACGUUCAAAAUUGAAAUCAAAUGUUCGACCCCUUCUAGAAAUUUAGCGGAGUGCUGAGUUAAGGGCUUUUAUUUUGACAGUAUGCCCGGAAGCAGAAGUGUGUUUGUUUUUUGCGCGGUAACUGAAAGAGUGCGGAGAGGAGACGAGCUGGGAGAGAUGAAGGAGAGAUGACGGAGAGGGUGAGGAUGGCGGAGACUGGAGCUCAGCUAUUGGCCAGAGUUGCGGGGCGACAGUCGCUGAAAGACAUUGAUCAGCAUGUUUUUCCUGAAGACGGUGGACCAGCACAAGGUGAUGUUGUGGAGUUUCACGGAGUUGAGGGCAGCGGAAAGACUGAGAUGCUGUAUCACUUUAUGACCCACUGCGUCCUCCCCAAGGACAGCGGGGGGCUGGAAGUGGAGGUGGUCUUUAUAGACACAGACUACCACUUCGACAUGCUGAGGCUGGUGAGCGUCCUGGAGGCCCGCUUGACCCCGGCGGCCGAAGAGAACGCCGACGGCCCUGAGAGCGAGACGGAGGAGGCGGUGCGCUCCUGCCUGCGGCGGCUCUCCGUCGUCCACUGCUCCAGCUCCGUCCAGCUGCUCCUCACGCUGCACUACCUGGAGGGCACGUUCUGCAGCCGGCCCGCUCUCUGCCUGCUGGUCAUAGACAGCAUCUCCGCCUUCUACUGGGUGGACCGCAGCAGCGGGGGCGAGAGUUUGGCCCGGCGGGAGGCUAACCUGAGGAAAUGCGCCGAGCUGCUGAAUAAGUUCCGCAGAGACUACGGCAUUGUGGUUUUUGCCACUACGCAUGCUAUUAUGAGGAACUACUCGUCUGCGGCCAGCUCCAUGCCGCAUGGGUCAUCAGAAGCGAGCGGCUCCACUCAUUCCUGGAAGAACGUUACGGACUUCGACAAGCCGUAUCUUUGCAGAACGUGGCAAAGGAUCCUGACACAGAGACUGGUGUUCUUGAAAAGCAAGCAAAGUCCUGUGGAUCAAAAGCAGGUUUUCACUGUUGCGUGUAGCACAAUAAGGACAAAAGAUGUUAAAAAAUGCAUGUUUUAUAUCACAGAAGAGGGGAUUAAGUUUAUUGAAGGGCAGUGA